AUGGAGGUUUCACUUGGAGCCCAGGACGAGUUUCCCGACACGGCAAAACAGAGAUGCCUGGACUUCAAAUGGAACAACCGUUACCCUCGACCUGAGCUGCCAAGGCAGAAGAAAGACGAAAUAUUCCUACUUGACCAGUACAGGACGCAGGAUAAGAAGACUAAGCAGGUGUCAAUAGAUGGUGUCUACAGCAUGCGUGAUUUGGUUACCAAGCUAACUGUUGGCUUAGUGACUGAUCUGGACAAAGUAAGAGCAAUCUUCACUUGGCUGGGAGCACAGAAAGUCCUGAGCAUGGAUUUCAGCAAGUCUAAAAUUCAUGAUACAGUCAAGGGCUAUUUGAAAAUAGUCCAGCAAGACAGGAGCACCUACACUGAGAUCAUGGCCAUGUUGUGCCGCGAAGCUCGUGUUCCAUGCGUCGUCCUCUCUGGUCCAGCUAAGGGGGCAAACUACAUUGUCGGCGAGGAGGUCAAUGGGAGGAGCUCGUGGAACGCUGUCUAUGUGGCAGAAGGGUGGAGGUUCAUUCAUGCACAGUGGGCCUUCUCUAGGAUCUCAGGGCAGGAGAACUGUGACUGGGUGAUGCUCGAAUCAGAGAACGGGAGAAUGUGCCAGGAUGUACCGAAAAAAAUAGGCAAAGAAGAAUCAGCCAUUAACGAAUUCUUUUUCCUAACGGAUCCUGAAAUAUUCAUCCAUUUUUGUUGUCCAGAUGAACCUCAUUGGCAGCUGCUCAAACUGAAGGUGUCUGUUGAAAAGUUCACGUCGAUGCCGUAUGCUCAACCACACGCUUUCAAAUCCGGGAUAACUUUUAAGCGAUCCCAAAGUUGCAGUCAGAAGGCCGAGCAUGGUGAAUGUCGAAUUAGCUUGUCGGCGCCAAUAGAUUCUAAACCAAAACUCUCCUAUGACCUGUUCCUACAAAGAAACGAGUUCACAGACACAUCGCUUCUGAGCGGAAAGGAGAGUUUGGUGAUCCAAGGCAACAUACAAUCCACUGGCAUUAUACCUUUCUUCGUAAGAUGUCUCGUGAAAGGAACUUACAGGUUAAGAAUCUACAAAGAAUUUAAAGAAAAGAAAUAUUGGCUGUGUGAUUUCAAGAUAGACUCUGAGGAGGCAAAACCAUUCUGUUCCUCUUUUCCAUUCCUCACGGAAAUAGGAUGGGGUCCAGGUCCACUGGCUAAGCACUAUGGACUGUAUGGGUUCUCCCACGAGGAUGGUUUGGUCCUAACUCAUGAUGCCACGAUGGUCGAACUGUCUUUCAAAAUGUCUCGAACGCUGAUCUUUCAAAUUCAGUUGAAAUCUGACAGUAAACCAGACAAUGAACUGAUGCAUGCUGCAAAACUCGACAUCAGAUAUGAUCAGGUUAGACUUACCGUGGUAGUGCCAGAUGAUGGAGAGUAUGUCCUCAAGGUCGAUGCUAGGAAAGAGAGUGAGAAGGAGACUGAUACAAGAAAUAUCCUAAACUAUGUGAUCGAGUCGGAUCCGAAACAGAGGAAGUACAAAGGCAGAGAUAAUGCAGCCCAGAAGAAGACGAGACAGAACAUGAGAGACGCCAUCCGUGCUGGUAACAGAACUGUCCUCUCUAUAGCUAUAGACAGAUUCCGGAAGCAAGAGUGUGAAGACAAGGGUGAUCUAACCAAGGCCACUGAAGUCCUGGAUGAGUUGGACACAAAAGAAGAUUUGAGGUUUGCAAUGUUGAAAAACCGUUUCGACAAGCUGGAGAAUGCAAUCACGAAGGCGAAGAGUUCUCCAAGAAGUGAACGAUUCCAGACACUCGUCAUGGCAGCCAUUGAACAGAAGGAUAAACUUCAGGUCCCGCUUCCUUCAAACAAAGGACGACCUGAAGUUACCAAAAGAACUGUUGCUGACCUCAAAUCCUACAAGACACCCCCUGCUGUUGUUCAUCAAAUUCUGAAGGCUACAUACAUGGUUUUGGGAGAGAAAAUCUACAUGCUGGAUACAUGGUCCAAUAUCAGAACCUUGCUGCACAAGAGUGGUCGUGAGUCCCUCGACUUUCGACUGCAGAAUGAUCCUGGUUUUGACGUAGAUAACGACGAGCUUCUUCUCUCUGAAGCCAAGGCUAAGGACAUCUUGAACCAAUAUGAUCUCCAGACUGUAGCCAAGAUGUCACCAGCCGGCGAAGCUUUGUUUUCACAGACACAGCUGCUUCUGGAAAGGCGAGAAGAAGCUCGGAUGAAGGAUACAGAGGAAAAUGAAGAUAUCGGCAAUGGUGAAGCCUAG